CACACACACUCACACACACACACACUUUCGCUUUUUCUCAUUUACCUUCAUUGAUUGCCCACGCCUGCUGAGUGACAAAGCAAAGCGCGUCUUUCAAAAUGAUUACAAAGCUAGACAGUGUGCUUUUGCCCCGAAAAAAGUUCAUCUACCAUUACAAGAAUGUGCGCUGGGCCAGGGGCCGGCAUGAGACAUACCUCUGCUUUGUAGUGAAGAGGCGAGUGGGGCCAGACACCUUAACUUUCGACUUCGGACACCUCCGCAAUCGCAAUGGCUGCCAUGUGGAGUUGCUGUUCCUGCGCUACAUCGGGGCUUUGUGCCCUGGUUUGUGGGGGUUUGGAGGUGCUGGAGAGAGGAGGCUCAGUUACUCCAUCACCUGGUUCUGCUCCUGGUCUCCCUGUGCCAACUGCUCCAUGAGACUGUGCCAGUUCCUCAGCCAGACGCCCAACCUUCGCCUCAGGAUCUUCGUCUCUCGCCUUUAUUUCUGUGACAUGGAGGACAGCCGUGAAAGAGAGGGCCUAAGAAUGUUGAAAAAGGCCGGCGUGCAGAUCACAGUCAUGAGUUACAAAGAUUUCUUCUAUUGCUGGCAGACCUUUGUGGCUCGUAAGCAGAGCAACUUCAAGGCCUGGGAAGAGCUGCACCAAAACUCUGUACGCCUUGCCAGAAAACUCACCCGCAUCCUCCAGCCCUGUGAAACAGAAGAUUUAAGAGAUGCCUUCAAGCUCCUUGGACUGUGAAACAUAACUGUCACCUCAUCCAUUAAGUGUAUCAUUAAGUGUAUCAUUAAGUGUAUUGAGAAAAUACAUGUUGGGGUUUGUCCAUCACUACAACUGCUAAACUGAGAAAUAACAAAAACUGAGAAAAAUAGCUUUCUUGCAGCAAGGCUUAUGACAUUAGA